AUGUUCUCUCCGGAGCCGCUGCAUUCGGCGAUGACAGUCAUGGGCACAAGGGACACGUCGCUCGCUCUGCCCUCCGAUAACAGGCUGCGCUCGGGACAACAGCGCGUCCUGGACCAGGUGCACACCAUGAAGAAGAAGACUAUACCGGGGAAGAACGGAUCGAUGUCACCUUCGCCAACCCUGAGUCCUCAGUCUUUGGGAACAUAUGAGUUUUCAGCGUUCAAGUUUAUCCCAACCAAAAUACCAAAUGGUAACUUCAGCCGCACCAACUCCUCCACCAUGUCAGGAGGCUACACCAAACAGUUCAAUACCCAGAAAAGUCGCACUCUGACCACUAAAUCCACGGGGGCAAGAAAUGUCAGCACUUCAGGCAUUUGGGAUCAGCAAGUCAACGCUUCUUCCUGGCCAAGGGGUCCCAAUGGGCUGAAACCCAGUCGCAGUGACCCUGCCUUGGCUCCCUCCUUUUCUGCUGUUCCUGGGUCUAUAAUGAGAGUCAAAGGACCAGCUCUCAAUAGCCAGCAAAUCCUCCAGACCAAUGCAAACAGACAAAGCACCUAUUCAAUGACCAAUGGCACUGUGAUGUCCAGCAGCCAGUCGCGCAUUGUCCGACCACCCUCUGCCCAAGCUCAAACUGAGGGCAAGAUGGGUACCCUCAAAGCUACCAAGUUAGGGCAGAUGUCAGGUGUGAACAGCACAGUGACCCUGUCAGACCUGACCCUAAAGGAGGCUGUAGAGUUCCUGUCUCACCCGGAUGAAAAUUACCAGCAGUGUGGAGCAACCUUCAUCCAACACACCACCUACAAGGAGGAGCGUGCCAAACAGGAGGUUUCAGAACUUGAAGGUAUACCCGCUCUGGUAUCCCUGAUGCGGAGCCCCAGCCCUGGGGUGGGCCAGGCUGCAGCUGGGGCUCUGAGGAACUUGGUGUUCAGAGACCACAACAACAAGCUUGAGGUUCAGCACUGUGGUGGUAUUGCUAAGGCCCUGCAGCUGCUAAAGGAGACAGAUUCUACUGAGACCCAGAAACAAAUCACUGGCUUGUUAUGGAACCUGUCCUCUGCCGAUGAGCUGAAGGGAGAACUUAUCGCAACAGCGCUGCCUGCUCUCACUGAGAAUGUGGUGGUGCCAUUCACCUGCUGGUCAGACAACAGCACCAACAACAACAUACACCCUGAUGUCUUUUACAGCGCCACAGGAUGCCUGAGGAACCUGAGCUGUGCCCAACAGAAAGAGAGGCAGGCGAUGAGAGAGUGUCCCGGCCUCAUCGACUCCCUCAUGAGUUAUGCCCAGUCCUGUGUGGCAGAGGAAAACCCUGAUGACAAGUCUGUGGAAAACUGUGCUUGCAUCCUCCACAAUUUGACCUACCAACUGGAGACUGAGUCCCCUCAGUGCUUCAGCAAGUUCAUGUCUCAGACAGCAAGUCAAGCUGUGAGUAAGGACAAAUCUUCCGUUGGAUGUUUCAGCCCCAAGAGCGGCAAGGCUCAGAAGGAGUUCUCAUUUGAUAUGGUUCGAGGAAUGCUGGAUGACAGCACCCCAUCGGGUGUGAAGUGGUUGUGCCACCCAAAAGCCAUGCAGACCUACCUGUCUUUGCUGGGCUCCUCCCAGAAAGACGCCACAUUGGAAGCCUGCUGUGGAGCCCUGCAGAACCUCACUGCCAGCAAGGGGGUGGGCUCAAGUGUCAUGAGCCAGAUUCUGGUUCAAAAACUGGGGGCUCUGAUGCACAUUUCCCCUCUUAUGAAGUCUCCAAACAAGAGCCUGCAGAAGGCUGCAUUGUCUCUGGUGGGGAACAUGUCCCGGACCAGCGGUUUACAGACUUCAAUGGCAAAGCAGAUUCUGCCUGAGCUCUCUAGCCUCCUCUCCUCUACUCCCCGAGAAAUGGGAAGCUCUGAUGAAACCAUUUCAACAGCUUGCAGCACAGCCCGGAGUCUGAUGAUGGCUGACCCCGAUGUCAGCAAGAAGGUCAUUAACAAUGAACUGGUGACAUCCCUGGCUGACCUCAGUGAGAAUGGGUCUUUCCCCAAAGGCAGCAAAGCAGCCUCCCUGCUGCUCUACAGCUUGUGGAACGAGAAGGGUUUGCAAGCAGCUGUGAAAAAGCUGGGAAUGGGCAAAUCCCUGUUUGUUAAUGACAACACCACAGCAGCGCACAGGUUGGCACAAGUUAUUGAGUGAUUGUGAUGGACAAGUUGAACGGCACCACAGCUCCUGAUGGAUGGAAACCAGCAUGUUUAGACACUGCUGUGGCCACACCCUCGCACGAGGAGAGAAAAAAACAUUCUUCACAUAAUAACCUUGUUGAAAGAGUCUAUCAAUUAGGAGACAUUCAUGUGUAUUACGUACUAGAGAGAAAAGAGAGCUUCUAUCUUCACAAUUAACUCUGUUUUGUCCUGUGUAUUUAAUUUGGAUAUUUUAUGUCUGUGUAUAUAAAGGGUUGAGUGUUUGAGGUUGAGUGUGUGAGCUAAGAUCAUCUUGUACAGCCUGAGAGUCCCAAAACAGCACACACUAUGGAACCAAUGUUAUCUGCAGAAAAAGUUACUUUAAGCAUGCAGUGGUUGUCUGAUACAAGUGUGGUAGUAUUGUCUGAAGUGUCUGUAUAAGGUUGUCCAAAGAUAAGAUAUCAGUUGUGGCCUUGGGGAACUGAGUGGAAAACAAUGAAAGUAAUAACACAAUAAGGAAACACACCAUGUAUUUUGAUGCUGUUACUUUUCUACUCUGCUCUGUAAGUAUGGAUAUGAUCAUAGCACAAUGACUUUUUUUUUGCUUGCUUUCUUGAAGUUAAUAGAUUUUCUAAAUAUGCACAUAGUAUAAAAAGUACUAAAAAAAACUGAGCCAACUCUCAGUCUAAAAAAGUGAUCAGCUUGGCGAGGUUAUUGCUCUGCAUUCGCAAUGUUAAUACAAUGUUACUUUGUUACUUUGUUCUGUUAUAUUUGUUGUAUUUUGUUAGACAUCAUUUUUUUGAUAGAGGAUUUAAUGAAACAGCUUUCAACAGCAGUGCCGUAAAUGUUGAAGGAAUAGUUUGAUGCUUUGGUAAGUACGCUUGCUGGAUUCUUUUCUGCAUGUUAAUUCAAUGAUUAAUUAAUACCACAUUCAUGUUUGCAUAUCAGAUUAACGCUCCAACCAGCAGCUGAUUAGCUUAGCUUAGCACAAAGACUGGAAAUAUAUGGAAAAAUCUAGCCUGGCUCUUAUCAGAAUCAGAAUCAGAAUCAGAAUCAGCUUUAUUGGCCAGGUAUGCUUGGUAUGCACGUGUUUUCAGUUCAUGCAGAUAUUGAAGGGGUACAUCAACACCCUGUGCUUUACUCACAUUAUUAAGGGUCACUUUUACUCAAUAUGUUACCUUUGGACAAAGCCAGAUAGCUGUUUCAUCCUGUUAACAGUCUUAUGGUCAGCUACAGGACGGAUAUGAGUCUGCUGUAUUGAACUUUUUUCAACUCUUGACAUAAACCAGAGUUAGUGUAUUAACCAAAAUAUCAGAGUAUUGCCUGAGAGUGCCGUGUUAACAGCUUUCAUUUGAUAAUUUUCCUGUUGAAACUUACAAAGAGCUAUUUUUGUUUUGUUUUUUAUGUUUAUCAUUGUUAUGUGUUUUCUUGCCUAAACUGAGGAACUACAGACAGAGAAGUAUUUGAAAAUAGUUCAUGACGUGCAAAACCUGGGCCCAUUCUCUUUGAUAACUAAUGUAUAGAAAUUUGGAGCUGUAUGAAUUAAACAGUCUCUCCCUGGAAAACUCUCAGAAGUUGACAUAUCCUGAUUUAGUUUUGUUAUCUGAUGGAUAAAAAGUUAAGCGUACUGUGAUGUAGUUCAGGAGAACACUUUCAAGUGGCUGUGCCCUCCAGGAUAACGAGCUACACAAUCAAAUAUAUUUAAAUGUUGUUAUAAUUUAAAAACAAACACGUGGUUCUUCAUCUUAAACUCUCAUGUCAUUUUUCUAAAGUUUUAAGGGCUCAUUAAACGGUAUCUACUCUCAUAACCAUGCUUUACUGUAAACAGGUUUUAAAUCUUCCCAAACUCAUGUAUAUUGAAAACCAAGCAUCACAAAUCACCAAGCAGUUUGUUUGUCGUUGGUUGGGAUUUCCCACCGCUCCAACUAUACACCACAUGGACUGGUUUAUGCUGAGACACAUGGUCGCUCUGAGGUUCAUUCGCCUCGUGGGAGAUUGAUGACAGUAUUUCCUAGAAUGUAUUUUUGGAGAGUAAUGUAUGUGUGUGGCGUAUAAUUAGGAGCCUUUUCUGUCACUCUUUGUAAAUAGAAUAAAUAAUAGAUACGAAAACGAA